AAACGACUUAAGUUUUACCUUAAAUCCAUUUCACCUCCUUUCUUUGUUGGUUGGAUGCCUGUGGACGUUGCGCCCUUGGCUGAGAUAGGAAGUGUCAAUGCUUAGAUCCUUGUUCGAUUUCUGAGAGGCAACCAUGUUAAACACAAAUAUGUAAGCUCAAUUUCUUAGCAGCCAAUGGCUCAACCUUUUCCGUCGGUUGGACGAACAGAGAUUCUGACUGUCGGCAGUGAUUUGGACUCUGCCAAAGGAUGACCACGUCACACUUCAGUCUUCCGAGGCCGUCUAGUUGUCAACUACUUUAAAAGUCCCAGCAGAUCUUGAUCUCUGCAGAGCAUCAACUUUCAAAGUUCAUACAAUAGCCUCUCAUACCAAUUCCUAUCUCUGCACAUUGUUCAAUUAGCAUUUGAUAUUUUGCUGGUCGACGAAAGCUAAGGACGAUGGUUUUGGGGAGCAUCUCCCGCGGAAGCGGAGGGAGAUCAUCCCAAUGUUUUCCUAUUGUGACUCUGCUAGGAGUCUGUUUGAUUGGGAUUUGGAUGUUGAUGUCUUCCUGUAGUAGUAUUCCUCUUCAAGAUAUUGAGCAACCUUCGGCAGAGAUCGGGGACAAGGUCAAUCUGGUAGUAACCAAGGGUUUCAAGGGACGAUUUGCGCUCAGUUUAGAUGAUUCGCACACAGAUGAAGAGAGUGAAGAUUCAAGUCAAGUGGGCGGGGAUUCGGUUGAAGUUCAAGCGUCAAAUUCGGAUGGUUUGGAACAGGCAGAAGAAAGUGAGCUUUCAGAUCAAACAGUGCAAGCAGAGGCGAGUGAUGAUAAAUCGAGUGAAGAUGGUAAGUUUAAUGCUGAGACUAAGCAAGAUGAAGAUUCAUCAGAUGACCAUGUAAGUGACCCAAAGAGAGACGAAGUUUUUCCAUCAGGAGAUGAGUCUGAGAUUUUGAAGGAAACUACAACUCAAAAUGGCCCUUGGUCAACCCAAGCGGCCGAGUCUGCAAAAGAGAAGGAAUCACAGGAAUCUGAACUCUCCAUUGGUCGUAAUCUGUAUAAGUGGAAGGUGUGUAAUACCAGUGCCGGGCCAGAUUAUAUCCCCUGCUUGGACAAUUUACAAGCUAUAAGAAAGCUUCCAACCACAAUGCACUAUGAACAUCGCGAGAGGCACUGUCCAGAAGAAGCUCCGUCGUGUCUUGUUCCACUGCCUAAGGGAUACAAGCAGCCCAUUGCAUGGCCUAGGAGCAGGGAGCAGAUAUGGUAUUCUAAUGUACCUCACGCCAAGCUUGCCGAGGUCAAAGGGCAUCAAAAUUGGGUCAAAGUUACUGGCGACCAUCUUACUUUCCCAGGUGGCGGCACGCAGUUCAAGAAUGGAGCUCUCCACUAUAUUGACUUCAUCCAAGAUUCACUCAAAAACAUUUCAUGGGGAAAAAGAACCCGUGUUAUUCUGGAUGUUGGUUGUGGAGUAGCCAGUUUUGGAGGAUACCUUUUUGAGAGAGAUGUACUUGCAAUGUCUCUUGCUCCAAAGGACGAGCAUGAAGCACAAGUACAAUUUGCGCUUGAAAGAGGUAUUCCUGCUAUAUCAGCAGUUAUGGGCACAAAGAGAGUACCGUUCCCAAGCAAGGUGUUUGAUGUCGUCCACUGUGCACGCUGUAGAGUUCCAUGGCACGCUGAAGGUGGCAAGCUUCUGUUGGAGUUGAACCGUGUAUUGCGGCCUGGUGGUUACUUUGUAUGGUCUGCAACUCCAGUGUACCGGAAGGUUCCUGAAGAUAUCGGCAUUUGGGAAGCUAUGUCAGAACUGACAAAGUCAAUGUGCUGGGAGCUAGUGGUAACUAAUGAAGACUCAUUGAACGAAGUAGGGGUAGCAAUAUUUAGAAAGCCAACUUCCAAUGAUUGCUAUGAGAGUAGAACACAGAACGACCCACCAAUGUGCAAAGAGGCUGAUGAUCCAGAUGCUGCCUGGAACGUCGAGAUCCAGGCAUGUAUGCACAAAAUUCCUACAGAUCCAUCAACACGUGGAUCAACUUGGCCUGAGGUAUGGCCAAAGAGGUUGGAGAAACCGCUUUAUUGGUUAAUAAGUUCCCAAACAGGAGUUUAUGGUAAAGCAGCUCCAGAAGACUUUGUUGCUGACUAUAAGCAUUGGAAAAAUGUAGUGUCACGAUCAUAUCUAAAAGGCUUUGAUAUUGACUGGUCAUCAGUGAGGAAUGUCAUGGACAUGAGAGCUGUGUAUGGGGGAUUCGCGGCUGCUCUCACGGACUUGAAAAUCUGGGUCAUGAAUAUAGUCCCAAUUGAUUCGCCUGACACACUUCCUGUAAUAUAUGAUCGUGGGUUGUUUGGGAUGUAUCAUGACUGGUGUGAAUCAUUCAGCACAUACCCGAGAUCGUACGAUCUUCUUCAUGCGGAUCAUCUUUUCUCUAAUAUCAAGAACAGGUGCGGCAUUGUAGCGGUUGUUGCAGAAGUGGACAGGAUUCUGAGGCCAAAGGGAAAACUCAUUGUCCGAGACAAUGCGGAAAUGAUACUCCAACUGGAGAAAAUUGCUCGAUCACUCCAUUGGGACGUGAAGUUCACUUUCUCAAAGGACGGCGAAGGAUUGCUGUGUGUGGAAAAGGGCAUUUGGCGUCCAACAAAAACAGAGACUGUGCUCUCGUCCUUCGCGUAGUUGCUGCUUCUUUGUUGCCAUUGAUGGUAUGUUGAAUUGCCAGAUUCAAAAGUUGUUUGUUUCUGAGGAUGUGUAAGUACCAUAGUACCCCUACACACAUUCACACAAAUGUUUCAUAUCAGAAUUACUAGCUAACGCUUCUCCAAUACAGUGAUAUCUAUGCAAAAUGAACCACCUUAGUAAGAACACAGUAUUGAUUUUGAUUCAUAUUUUUAUGGAGAAUUGUCAACGUACACGGACAAAAAUAUGGAAAAUUGUCUUUUCAUAUUAAAUACGAAGAUGCAGC